GCCCACUCGUGACGUUGCUCAACUUUACACGAUUCUAUUUAUUUAUUUUACGAAUAGUAAAAUGUCAAGACUGUGAGCAGGUGUUUCAAAUACGUUUGCGAUCUUUUUAGUUAUAUGUAUGUGUAAAAAAAUAAAUAAGUUUAAAAACUCGUUUGUUUUUAUUUUUACGCGGGAGGUCAAAGGUUACAAACAAAAUGGCCGAACACUGUGGAGUAGUGAUCACAAUGCUGUGAGCAACCGGACUAAAAGGAUAUAUAUUCGGAUAUUUUACUACACGCCAACCACAGCAAUCAUUAUUUGGACAUAUUUUCUUUUGUUCACUGCACCGUGAUGCUCGCCUUAGUUAUAUAUACUUCCUAUGGUUGCAUUAAAGGACCGCAAACAUUGGUAGCUGAGAGAAACACAGCACGGAGAAGUGUUAUGGUGCUUUGAAACGUCUGUCAAUUCACAAGGAGGAGCGAGGAUGAACCGGAAAAAGGAUAAGGGCUUUGAGAGCCCGCGCCCCUUUAAAUUGACCCACCAGGUGGUGUGCAUCAACAACAUUAACUUCCAGAGGAAAUCUGUCAUAGGUUUCGUUGAGCUCACCAUUUUUCCCACUGUGGUCAACCUGAACAGGAUCAAGCUUAACAGCAAACAGUGUCGCAUCUACAGGGUCCGAGUCAAUGAACUGGAAGCGCCAUUCAUUUACAACGACCCCACACUUGAGGUGUGCCACCAUGAGUCCAAGCAGAGGAACCUCAACUAUUUCUCCAGCGCUUACACAGCAGCGGUGAGUGCCGUUGACCCCGAUGCAGGACAUGGGGAGCUGGUCAUCAAAGUUCCCUCUGAGCUCUGGAAACAAGGAGAUGAUUUAAAGGUUUUGAAGGUGUACAUCGAGUUUUCCCUGGACCAGCCUAAAGGAGGUCUCCACUUCGUUGUUCCUGACGUAGAGGGCAGCAUGGCAGAGAGAGGGGCUCAUGUGUUCUCCUUUGGAUACCAGAACUCCACCAGAUUCUGGUUCCCCUGUGUUGACUCCUACUCUGAGCUCUGUACGUGGAAGCUGGAGUUCACCGUGGAUGCAUCCAUGGUGGCGGUGUCCUGUGGCGAUCUGUUGGAGACCAUCUACACUCAUGACAUGAGGAAAAAGACUUUCCACUAUGUCCUUCCAAUCCCCACCGCAGCCCCCAACAUCUCCCUGGCUGUGGGGCCCUUUGAAAUCCUUGUGGACCCCUACAUGCAUGAGGUGACUCAUUUCUGUCUGCCACAGCUGCUGCCGCUGCUCAAACACUCCAUGUCUUACCUGCAUGAGAUCUUUGAGUUCUAUGAGGAGAUCCUGACAUGCCGCUACCCUUACGCCUGCUUCAAGACCGUGUAUGUGGAUGAGGCCUACGUCCAGGUGUCUACCUAUGCCUCCAUGAGCAUUUUCAGCACCAACCUGCUCCACAGCUCCAUGAUCAUAGACCAGACCCCACAGACGCGCCGCUGUCUUGCCCAGGCUUUAGCUCAGCAGUUCUUCGGCUGCUUCAUCUCCAGGAUGUCGUGGGCGGAUGAGUGGGUGCUGAAGGGAAUCUCAGGCUAUAUCUACGGUCUGUACCUGAAGAAGACUUUUGGAGUCAAUGAGUACCGGCACUGGAUCAAAGAGGAGUUGGACAAGAUUGUGGACUAUGAGCUAAAGAUGGGAGGUGUUCUGCUGCACCCGACCUUCGGUGGAGGCAAAGAGAAAGACAAUCCGACGCCCCACCUUCACUUCUCCAUCAAACACCCCCAUACUAUGUCCUGGGAGUACUACAAGAUGUUUCAGUGUAAAGCCCACCUGGUGAUGAGGCUGAUAGAGAACAGGAUCAGCAUGGAGUUCAUGUUGCAGGUUUUCAACAAGCUGCUGAGCCUGGCCAGCACCGCCUCCUCCCAGAAAUACCAGAGCCACAUGUGGAGUCAGAUGCUUCUGUCCACUCACGCCUUCCUCAAAUCCAUCUCCAACGUCUCCGGCAAGGACAUCGGCCCCCUCAUCAAACAAUGGGUAGACCAAAGUUCUGUCGUGAAAUUCUUUGGCAGUUUUGCCUUCAACAGGAAGAGAAACGUGUUGGAGCUGGAGAUCCGACAGGACUACACGUCAUCUGGAACACAGAAAUACGUGGGUCCCAUUAAGGUGACGGUGCAGGAGCUGGAUGGAUCCUUCAACCACACGCUGCAGAUCGAGGAGAACAGUCUGAAACACGACAUUCCCUGUCACUCCAAGAGCAGACGAAACAAGAAAAAGAAGAUCCCUCUGAUGAACGGAGAGGAGGUGGACAUGGAUUUAUCCGCCAUGGAUGCCGACUCUCCUCUUCUCUGGAUCCGGAUCGACCCCGACAUGUCCAUCCUGAGGAAGGUGGAGUUUGAGCAGGCUGACUUCAUGUGGCAGUAUCAGCUACGCUAUGAAAGGGAUGUGGUCGCACAGGAGGAGGCAAUCUCUGCUCUGGAAAAGUUCCCGACUCCGGCCUCCAGACUGGCUCUGACAGACAUCCUGGAGCAGGAACAGUGUUUCUACAAAGUCCGCAUGCAGGCCUGCUUCUGUUUGGCCAAGAUAGCCAAUUCCAUGGUGAGCACGUGGCAGGGCCCGCCUGCCAUGAAGUCUCUGUUCACACGAAUGUUCUGCUGCAAGAGCUGCCCCAACAUUGUCAAGACCAACAACUUCAUCAACUUCCAGAGUUACUUCCUGCAGAGGACGAUGCCGGUAGCGAUGGCUUUACUCAGAGAUGUCCAGAACCUCUGUCCCAAAGACGUUCUCAACUUCAUUCUUGACCUCAUCAAAUACAACGAUAACAGAAAAAACAAAUUUUCAGAUAACUACUACCGUGCAGAUCUGAUCGAGGCGCUCACCAACUCUCUGACGCCGGCCAUCAGCAUUAACAACGAGGUGCGGACGGUGGAUAACCUGAACGGCGACGUGCGUUUCAUCCUGGAGGAGAUCACAAGAUUCCUCAACAUGGAGAAACUGCUGCCGAGCUUCAGGAACACCAUCACUGUCAGCUGUCUGAAGGCGAUUCGUCAGCUGCAGAAGAACGGCCACAUCCCCAGCGACGCCUCACUCUUCAAGUCAUACGCAGAGUAUGGACACUUUGUGGACGUUCGCGUCGCUGCACUGGAGGCUCUGAUUGAUUAUACUCGAGUGGAAAGAAGUUCAGUGGAGCUGCAGUGGCUACUCAACAUGGUCGAGAAUGACACAACUCAUUAUGUCAGACACAAGAUCCUGGGCAUGCUCGCAAAGAAUCCACCUUUCACCAAGUCAACAGACUCGGCUCUGUGCAACGAAGCUCUGGUCGACCAGCUCUGGAAGCUCAUGAACUCAGGUACCUCCCAUGACUGGCGGCUGCGCUGCGACGCUGUGAACCUCUACUACACUCUGUUCGGCCUGACUCGGCCAUCCUGCCUGCCCCUGCCUGAACUUGGUCUGGUGCUCAACCUGAAGGAAAAGAAAGCUGUACUGAACCCCACCAUUAAGCCCGAGCUGGGGGUCAGCACCGUCAUAGACACCCCUGCAAGUAUCGGUAUCCAUGGCGUGGGCAUGAGCUACAUAGCUGUGGAGGAAGAGCCAGAUCCCGUAUCAUUGGGAGUUUGUGGGGUGGGCCAACCGCCUCAGGGUUUGAAGAGGAAGGCUGAGACCCCUCUGGGCUCCCCUCCAGAGCCGGGACAGAUCCUGCAGCAGCAAGAUGACGACGUACGAGGAGGGCGCUUCAAGAUCAGGUUCAACACGAUGGAAGAGGAAGACAUCGACAUGGAGACUGUUCAUGACAGUCAGGCCUUCAUUCACCAUCACCUGAAUCUCUUAGAGAGACCAUCGACUCCUGGGAAAGAACCGCCGUCAGUGGAGCAGUCCAUGCUCUCCAUGCCCGCCACACCAGUGCCCUCCUUCUCAAAAGACACCACCUCCUCCUCCUCCAAGCACGCCGGUGAACACGGCCACCAUCAUCACCACCACCACCACGAGCACAAGAAGAAGAAGAAGAAGCACAAGCACAAACACAAGCACAAGCACAAACACGAGAGCAAGGAUAAGGAGAAGGACCGAGACCGGGACAACUCUCACGCCUACAGCAACAGCCCGGCUAGCGGCAGGUCGCUGCGCUCGCCAUCUCUGUCGGAUUGAUGCGGUGCUCUCGUUGGUUCAGCAGCAGAGACAACAACUUACAAGGUCAUCCCUUUAUUACUUAGUAGUAUCAUCAUGACAGACUCAGAUCAUCAGCAUCAUUGAAGCAGUUUUUUUUAUGAAACAUGGAAGUCUGAGCUUGAAACAUUUCCUCUAAUGUCACACUCAGGACAGGAAGCUCAAACACACCAUGAACCAUGUAAAAAUUCAGUCAUUAUUUUAUAAAUCACCUGGCAAUGUUUACAAAAUACAGACUCUUAAGCAGGGCUUUACUCAUAAAGCUCUACCAUCUGGAUGUGAACAAGCACAGGUGACAGAUGUCAUCUCGUAGCGUGGCAUGGUUUGUCAGUAUGUUGAUCCAUUAAAUGGAGAUAAAGUUAUAUAUAGUCUGUUUCUGGUUAAACUGACAUAUAACCACUCCGCCAGAGCAAUGAGGAACCAGCUAACCUGCAAGGAGGACUGAAGGCUGGUGGUGCUAGUUCUGUUAAUGGUAGCCACACUUUGCUAACCGAUUCACCAUUAUUUACCCCCAAACUCUGUGAUCUUUUGUUUAGCCAUGUUAAAUAAAUCGUGUUCAUUUUUAAA